AAAAGGGUAACAACAAUAAUAAACAUCAUCAUUCAGACGAUCAUGAUGGAAGUGAUUCUCAUUUUCAUGGAAAUUCGUUCCCUCCAGUGAAACUGUUCAGACUGGACCAAAGAAAGAACACCUAGAUCCAGUAGAAAUGUAAGAAAUUCUGAAAGGUUUGAUUCUCCAAAAAGUUUUUCUUGAAACCAGAAAACAUUUUUUCAUUGUAUUGAACCGAUCAAGUGAAAUCAAGUUCAAGAAAAUUGAUUUUGCUUUCAUUUUACUUUUCACUUCAGUUUGUUGACAUCAAAAGUACUGUUCAAUGAAAACUAUUAUCUUAUUUCUUCACCUAUUUUCUUGACCCUUCCUUUACAAUAGCAACAGAAAUGAUGUAAAAUUUCAAACUGUAGAGUAAAUAAUAAGAAGAAUAUUAAGAAAAGUUAACAAUUCAAUACUUGACUGAUUACUAAUUUACCCUGAUCUGCGUCAGUAGAAACCUUUCCCACAUUUUUAAAAUUAUUACCAGAAUCAUUAUUUGAUAAUUACAACAAAACACUAACCAUCAAAAUCCCAGUCAACUUGAAGCCCUUGUAAACUGUUGCUAAUAAAACAAUAUUUCGUCCUUAAUUUGUAACAAUAAUUUUUAACUGUAAAGUGUUGAAUAAUGAAUUAAGUGGGCAGAGUUUUUAAUAAUAAAAUUAUUAAUAGCAAUCCUUUUGUAGGUCAAUUUGUUUCCAAAUUAUCUGGGAUUUCCUUGUAAACAGAUGAUGACUUUGUUCAAGUGCAAUCUGAAAGUGAACAAAAGUGAAAUUAAAUUGAACCCAAGUUAAUUAUUUCCUUGAUUCUGUUAGUUAUACCUUGUGUUUCACUCACAAUUAAAAGUAACAUUUCAUCAUUGAUUCUUUUCUUAUAAUUUUAUCUAUUCCAAAAUGAAUCAUUAAUCAGUGAUCGUACUCAUGGUAAACCUGAUCAAGAGGACAAUAGUGACACAAUGAAUGUUGACUUUAAUUCCAUUAUUCCAAUGAAACUAAACAAUUGUUCAUUGUAAAUAUGCGACAAUCUAAUCAACUUGCAAAUGUUUAUCCAAAAUUGCCAGAACAAUUUUUGUUACAUUUAAUCUGACAUUUCCUGAUUUGUUGUCCUACUCCAGGAGUUGAGGUAAAUGCUCAUUUAUUUUGUGAUUUACACUAAUUUUCAUAAUUUAUUCCCAUAAGACACCAUUAAUAAUGUUCAAUUUACAAGGAAUCAAUUUUAUUUUACUUUACUACCUUUAAACAACAACAAAGUCAUCAUUUCAACUUGAAGACAAUGAAUUUGUAAAAUUUUCAUUACUUUACCUUUUUACCCAGUUGAUUGAAAUGAGAAGCAAAAGCCGCUCAACUUUCAGUUAAAAAGCAAGUUUGUUCACAAGGAGAGGCCCUCAUUGCCCGGUCACCUUAGGGCAUCAUCAUCCGUAUUAUUAUCAUAGUUGUGUUCACAUUUAAAUAGUAUGUAAACCCUAAUUUUGUUUUUGUCUGUUCAUCUCAAAACCAAUAAUGAAGUCCAUAAAAAAUAAAAUUUUUACUUAACCUUACCUAACCUUCAAUAACCCACUCUACAUGAGUUACUUUCUCUCUCUCUACCUUUACCUUUCAUAUUUUUACUUUUCUUAAUCUUUUAUUGUGAUGAACCUGGUUCAACUUUAACCCAACCAUAAUUGGUUAAUAUGGCUACUUUCAGGGUCACGGUCAACAUAUAUCAUCAUCAAUGGUUAACAUGAUUGGUACAGUUUAACAGUGGAUACAGCAUUUGGUGACAGCAUGAUUAUCAUGAUAAUUUUAAGUGAAAAACGUAAAGAAUCUGGGAAAGACCAGAAAAGGUAGAAAUGGAAAAAUUUGAUGGGAAAGACGAAAAGGAAGAGAAGGUAAUGAGAGAAGAAGAGAAAGAGGUUUCCCGUUAAUAUUACAAGUUUGAAGACCCAAUCCAGGCAAGAGAAGGCAAAACAAUGGAGAAAAAUGUUUAAUGUUGUGAAGCAGUUACCAGGUAAUUUGCUGUUAGACAAUGUAUUACAACAAGAAAAAAAAUGAAGGUCACUGUUGACAGAAUGGAAAGUUGAAGGUCAUUAUCAGAUGCAAGUCAGAAUGAAAUGAUAUUGUAUGAGCAUCAAUGCAAUAACCGCAAAUGGAAGGGAGAAGGUAAAGGCGGCAAAGAGAAGAAGAAGAAGAAGAAAAAUGAACACAUUUUUUGCUCUUUGUUUUUGUUUUCUCACUCGAUAAAGUGAGACUUGAGUGUGUGAGUGAGAGUUGUGAGUGUGUGUACAAGAUUGGCAAGGAGAUGAAGUGAGUCGAGAUAGUUUUACAUGAAAUAGUAGGAAGACCAUUGAAUAACCAGAAUCAUUGAGAAAAUAUAUAAUCAUGAAAAGAGGCAAAAAAAAUUGAUGUUAUCUUAUUGCAACUCGGCUUUGAAAGCCAAACUUUCUUCUUCUUGCUUGUUCUUAUUGUGGCGAGGCAAGCCAUUUGCAAGUGGAUCAACUAGUUGAAUGAGUGAGUGAGUGAGGACAUUGACUAAGAAGUGAGACACAGAACGAUAAUGAUGAUGAAGAGGGAGAGCAAAGGGAAUUGAAACGGGAUUACCUAUUCAUCUUGAAAUUCAUGAGUUGAAGAGGGAAACAGCAAAAAUGAAGGCAAAUUGAGUUGAUUGAGUGAAAUGAGAGUGAAUGAGUUGCAAUGAGAGAGUGAAUUAACAACUGAAUGAACGAGUGCGAGACAAAAAGGAGCAGAAAACAGAAUAAUCACAGACGAUCCUGAAAAGAGAAUUAAGAAUUACCUGGAGUGAUAUAUGCUUGAAAAAAGAGGAGAGAAGAAGAAGAAUCCCUUUUUUUCUGUAAAAUUAUUUUGAUUCCUCAAAACAACAGUUUAACCUCAGUGUUGAUCAUCAACCAACCAACAUCAUCCUUUUACCUUUUAUUUUUUACUGUUGUUGCUAUAAUUUGCGUUUCGCAAAUCCAAAGACCUUUUACCUUUUUUCAAGACCUCAGUUUACGAUGUUCGAGCUCCUCCUUCAUCUGUUAAACAACAUGCAACUUCACCAACAAAUGAUCAACACAAAAAAGUAACUCAAACUUUUUUAGACACAUUUAAUUACCGUAACUAACCGUACCGAUUUUGCAAGUCCAAUAGUCGACCCAACCAAAUCUCAUUCCAACCCACUUUCUCCUCCUAGAACUCAACAUUUCUCUUCUCAAUCUUCCCUCUUUUCUCGUCAUCACCAUCAUCGUCAUCUUAACACUUUUUUUUGUUCCUUGAGUUUGUCAAAGUUAAACCCGCGAACGAGAUUGAUCAAGUGAUUCAACCAGAACCAUUUACCGUUUACUGUUUAACCCAAACAAUGUUAACAUCAACAAUGUUUAUCAACAAAUUGAUCAACUUUACCAUCACCUGUAAAACACUAUCAACGUUAUUUUAACGGUCAAUUGGAUUAUAAACAUUUUGAUUCAACUUGAGCGUUUUGUUUUUAUUUUUGUUUUAUUUGUUUCUCUGUUUACAUCUUUUGCAUUGUUACACCUUUUACAAAAUAUUACAACAAUGAAAUCAUAUCAAACUAUAUUAACUUUUGGUUGCAACUUUUUCACACUCUUUUGGAGGCAAUUAGAUUCAUCGAGAUUCAAAGCAAUUCAAUUAAUCUUUUUAACUCUAACCACCGUUUUACAUCAAAUAAUGAGCAAACCGUUAAAUUAUGCGACUUCAUCCCACCAUCGCUCUUCAUCAUCCAUCUCAUCUCAUUCACCUCAUCGUAUCAGUCCAUGUAAUCUUCCCUUCUACUUCAUUCCAUCAAAAACAUCUUUACCUGAACCUUAUGAAAAGGUUUACCGACGAGCCAAGGCGAUGAAGGGUUGCGCUGAAAGAAUCAGACGGAACUUUGUUCAGAUGCUUGGCGAUGAAGAUUUUGAAUCUGGUUUGGACAGUUUAAGGCAUAGUUGGCUUCCAGAAAUAAGUAACUCAAUUGAAGACAUCGCCACAAUUGAGGAAGAAGACGCAUUCCGUCGGAGUUUCCAGUAUUUACAGUACUUUGCCAUUGGCCUGGAACAGCUGCUUUUGGAUCAAGCUCUUCAUGAAGGCCAGAUGAUAAAGGAAUUUCGAGAAAUCGAAGAUAAACUAAGUCAAUUGUUGUGUGAAAUUCAACUCGGAAUGUGGUAUCGAAACAUUAAACCCGAUAAACACAUUGAAUUUGAAGUAAUGACUCAAGAGUAUCGUGAUAUUGCUGAUGCUUCAAGACGAAUGAUCAGAGAUUACCUUUUACUGAGAGAUCUUGUUAAACUGACUGAUUAUAUAACACAGAUAUUUGCAAGUCUUGCCUCACGUUUUUGAUGAAAACAAUUGAAGUAAUCAGAUGUUCCUAUAAGAUCAUUAUUUUCACCAAGAAUCAACAAUAUUUCAAUCUCAUUUGAAGUCUCAUUUGGAAAGCCAAAACUAGAAGCUAUUUGAAUCAAGAUUUACUGAUUACUUGAAUUCACCAAUUUAAUGAUUUAAUACUCACUGCUUGUCAAUUUGAGCAAUUUGUAGACAUUGGA